AACAGGCUGGGCCGAGGCCUUGGGCCCUGACCCUGUGGCCACAGGCGGGUCUGUGGCUUCAGAAGCCCCUCCUGGCUCCUACCGCUGCCCCCAGUGGCCCUUGUCCCCUGGACGGCCCUUCCGGGCAGCCUUGUGCCCGGAGAGCCGGGGCCUGGCUGGGCAGAGGCAGGGCCUCCCACAGAAGUUUGGGCCCUCCUGCAUUCCGUAGCCAGGCUCUGGGCUUGAGGCCUAGGGGUCCUGGCUGGGCUGGGCUGGGCUGGGCAGGGGGCAGCCCCCAGACCCCCAGACCCGAGCCAAACUCCCAGGCAGGAUGGGCUGGGGGCAAGAAGGGCGGGGAGCUGGGCAGCCUGAGCGGGGGCCGGGCAGGGCGCUACCUGGAGACUGGAGGGAGCCAGCAGGGGCGCUGGGCGUGGGGCGCCAACGGCGGGGCGCCGUGUCUUUCCCGGGCAGCUCUGCGGACAUGGACGUGUUCCAGAAGGUGGAGAAGAUCGGAGAGGGCACCUACGGGGUGGUGUACAAGGCCAGGAACAAGGAGACGGGGCAGCUCGUGGCCCUGAAGAAGAUCAGGCUGGACUUGGAGACCGAGGGGGUCCCCAGCACCGCCAUCAGGGAGAUCUCGCUGCUGAAGGAGCUGAAGCACCCCAACAUUGUCAGGCUGCUGGACGUGGUGCACAACGAGAAGAAGCUGUACCUGGUGUUUGAGUUCCUCAGCCAGGACCUGAAGAAGUACAUGGACUCCACCCCUGCCUCCCAGCUGCCCAUGCACCUAGUCAAGAGCUACCUGUUCCAGCUGCUACAGGGCGUGAAUUUCUGCCACUCGCACCGGGUCAUCCACAGGGACCUGAAGCCCCAGAACCUGCUCAUCAGCGAGCGGGGCGCCAUCAAACUGGCGGACUUCGGCCUGGCCCGGGCCUUCGGGGUGCCCCUGCGCACCUACACGCACGAGGUGGUGACCCUGUGGUACCGCGCCCCCGAGAUCCUCUUGGGCUGCAAGUUCUACUCGACGGCUGUGGACGUCUGGAGCGUCGGCUGCAUCUUUGCAGAGAUGGUGACGCGCAAGGCCCUGUUCCCCGGUGACUCCGAGAUUGACCAGCUCUUCCGUAUCUUUCGCACUCUGGGGACGCCCAGUGAAGCCACGUGGCCAGGGGUCACCCAGCUGCCCGAUUACAAAGGCAGCUUCCCCAAGUGGACCAGGAGGGGGCUAGAGGAGAUAGUGCCCGACCUGGAGCCAGAGGGCAAGGACCUGCUCGUGCAACUCCUGCAGUACGACCCGAGCCAGAGGAUCUCCGCCAAGGCCGCCCUGGCCCACCCGUACUUCUCGCCCGCCGAGCCCUCCCCGGCACCCCCCGAGUGCGUGCUGGAGCGGUUCUGCCGCUGAGGGCCCGUCUGAGGAGAGGGCGGGCUCUCGGGCGCUUGGCGUCCGUCGUCUGAGGGCUGAGUUUGGGUUGGCCCCGCCAGCUCGCUCCAGGAUCGUUACUGGGUUUGAUGUUGCUGUUCCCAAAAAGACACAGGUGCUUCGCGCAGGAGGGGGUCGGCUGGAGAUCCAGCCCCUGGCACCGGGAGAGCAGGUGCCGAGGUGGGAGUAGGGAGCCUGCGGCAGCUGUGGACAGCGCUCCUGGGGCCCUGCCCUGCCCGCAGCGGCGCAGCCAGGCCGAGGGAAGGGUGCCCCCUGCUGGUCUUUUUGGAUUUAACAAGUUUUGGGGAAGCGUUGAGCUCCAGUUCAGAGUUCCAAGUUAAACCAGGGGGCGAGGGACUGAUGUCAGCGGCUGUCACCUCGCCCAAGACCCACGGAUGGUUUGCCUGUGUUGACCACUGAAUAAACGUGAGAUUGGC